GGGGCUGGGCUCUACUGGGGGCCCCCGAGCGCCGCUCCCGGACUGGGGCUCGCGGCGGGAGCCUCGGGGGGCGUCCGGACGGCGGGGUCUCGAGGCUUCCCGGGUCCGAGGCGGGAGGGGUGGGGGCCGAGAGCCCGCAGCCCCCCGCCCCCCGUUACCCCCGGAGAGGAGAGGAGAUCCGCUUUCUGGGUUUUGCUUCUCUUUUCCCCCCACCCCCACCCCGGGGGCUGGGGCGAGGGGAGUCGGGUUACAGGGUGUUUGGGGAGGGGGGCUUAGGGGGAGGGUCUAUCUUUCUAUCUCGCUUUCUCCCCCCUCCCCAGUUCUUUGUUCCCCCUCCCCACACCCCCUCCCCUCCUCUCCCCUCCCCUGCGCGCUCCUCUUCUCCCUUCCACCCUCUCCUCUCUCUCUCUCCCUCUCUCCCAGCUUUUGUUUAGCCAUGCCUAGUCUAGUGGUAUCUGGAAUAAUGGAAAGAAAUGGGGGCUUUGGGGAACUAGGGUGUUUCGGGGGGAGCGCCAAGGACCGAGGGCUCCUGGAAGACGAGCGCGCCCUCCAGCUGGCUCUCGACCAACUCUGCCUCCUGGGUUUGGGGGAGCCCCCCGCCCCCACGGCGGGCGAGGACGGGGGCGGCGGGGGGGGCGGCGCCCCCGCGCCGCCGGCCGCCCCCCCGCAGCCGGCCCCGCCGCCGCCCGCGGCGCCCCCCGCCGCCCCGCCGGCGGCCCCCGCCGCGCCCCCGCCGCAGCCCCCCGCCGCCCCCAAAGGGGCCGGCGACGCCAAGCUCUGCGCGCUCUACAAGGAGGCCGAGCUGCGCCUCAAGGGAAGCAGCAACACCACCGAGUGCGUCCCGGUGCCCACCUCGGAGCACGUGGCCGAGAUCGUGGGCCGGCAAGGCUGCAAGAUUAAGGCCUUGCGGGCCAAGACUAACACCUACAUCAAGACUCCGGUGCGCGGUGAGGAGCCAGUGUUCAUGGUGACCGGGCGGCGGGAAGAUGUGGCCACAGCCCGCCGCGAGAUCAUCUCUGCAGCCGAGCACUUCUCCAUGAUCCGCGCCUCCCGCAACAAGUCCGGUGCCGCCUUUGGCGUGGCGCCCGCCCUGCCGGGCCAAGUGACCAUCCGUGUGCGGGUGCCCUACCGCGUGGUGGGGCUGGUCGUGGGACCCAAGGGGGCCACCAUCAAGCGGAUCCAGCAGCAGACCAACACCUACAUUAUCACGCCCAGCCGCGACCGCGACCCGGUGUUCGAAAUCACGGGGGCCCCGGGCAACGUGGAGCGCGCGCGCGAAGAGAUCGAGACGCACAUCGCGGUGCGCACGGGCAAGAUCCUCGAGUACAACAACGAGAACGACUUUCUGGCCGGCAGCCCCGAGGCCGCGCUGGACAGCCGCUACUCCGAGGCCUGGCGCGUGCACCCACCGGGCUGCAAGCCCCUGUCCACCUUCCGGCAGAACAGUCUGGGCUGCAUCGGCGAGUGCGGCGUGGACUCGGGCUUCGAAGCCCCGCGCCUGGGCGAACAGGGCGGCGACUUCGGCUACGGAGGGUACCUGUUUCCCGGCUAUGGGGUGGGCAAACAGGACGUGUACUAUGGAGUGGCCGAGACCAGCCCCCCGCUCUGGGCGGGGCAGGAGAACGCCACGCCCACCUCCGUGCUCUUCUCCUCCGCCUCCUCAUCCUCGUCCUCCUCUGCCAAGGCCCGCGCCGGCCCCCCAGGCGCGCACCGCUCGCCUGCCUCGUCCUCCGGGCAGGAGCUGACCGGCCUCCCGCGACGGCCCCCGGGAGAGCCGCUGCAGGGCUUCUCCAAGCUCGGGGGCGCCGGCCUGCGCAGCCCCGGCGGCGGGCGCGAUUGCAUGGUCUGCUUCGAAAGCGAAGUGACCGCCGCCCUGGUGCCCUGCGGACACAACCUCUUCUGUAUGGAGUGCGCCGUGCGCAUCUGCGAGAGGACGGACCCCGAGUGUCCCGUCUGCCACAUCACAGCCACGCAAGCCAUCCGAAUAUUCUCCUAGGCCCCUGGCGCCCCUGCGAGGGCUGGACACCCCUCGUCCAGCUCUGCAGCUGUUUUCUGCGGGGGGGGGGAGGGGCGGGGACACCUUUAGGAAAUGGGCCAGCGGGGAGGGGAGGGCAUACCGGGCAUGUGCACGGUGGCUGCUGCGGGGGCUGGGCCGCGCCUCUGGUCUCCCUCCCCGGGAAAGCUGGGGAGGGGGCCCAGAGAGGGGAAAUUUUACUAGAGUUACAACUCUGAUACCUCAACACACCCUUUAACUUGGAAGCAGCUAAGAAAUACUUUGAUUUUUGCCGGAGGGGGCCCACGGAGGCAUCCCAGGUUCCCGCUGUGCAUUGCCCCUUUGGGGGGGUUCGCUCAGCCCCUUCCUUUUUGGUGAGGAGGGGGAAGGUGGCAGGAGAAUUGUCAUCUGUAUCCAGAGGUGCUCUUUUACACCCCCGAACCUCCCAGGCCUGACCAGUCUCCUAUAACCCUUGAGCACGCCUGCUCCCCCAAACUGCCCUCCAGACCCCGCUGGGGACUUCCAGCAGUAUAAGGGGGGGGCCCUUCUCAGAAUUUUGGAGAGAUUUGGAGGGCGUUGGGGAGGUCAAUCAAUAAAGGGCUCAGAACUCAUCUGUCCCCACAAAGCUGGGCCCGAGGGAUCUGAAGAGGGGCUCUCUCUCCUCUGCCCCUCCAGCUCCCUUUUCCUCAACCCCCACCUUCCUUCCUGGGGCUCCCCCUCCUCUGCCCUGGGCCUGGCUUCCCCCCUGGGGCUGUCACUCCCAGUGGCUUGCUCUUGUUCUUCCCUUCUCCCCCUCUCCUGCUCCUUCCAGCUCAGCUUUGGGGACCCCUCCCUGAGGAGAAAAAUAGGGGCAAAAACAUGUUGAUGGUACCCCUGAAUUCUCUUCCAGUAUCUGGAGGGCCUCUCCUCCACGCCUCCAAAGAAACACCUCCCAUUCUUGAUGGAAUGUACCCCCGUUCUCAGUGACCCCUCCAGGAGGGACCCAGACUGGGCUGCAGCAAGGGUCACGCCCCGCCCUUUUCAUUUUGGUCCUGCCCUUGAGGAAGCAGCCCCUGGGCUGGAUUUUCUGGUGGUGGCAGUGGAGAGCCAGGUAGUGUGACUGCUCUUGGGGGUGGGGGAGGCAGAAGGUGUGCCCUCCCCUCACGGUGCCCCCUUCCUCCGGACCUGCCCCGUGCAAAUCAUGAAGUCUGUCUGGCACUGUGGCCCGGGACUGGGUCCCGCAGAGCAGCGUGGGGUGCCAAGGCAGCACCUUUUCUGGGAGUCGCUUGUCACAGGCCUUGCACCCCCUUUGCUGCUGGCCCGCUGCUCACCCUCCUGGUUCCGCUGGCCGGGCCGGGAGAGGAUGGGGGCCGAGAGUCCUGUGGUGGGCCCAGCGGUCCCAGGAAAUUCUUGUAUAUAAUGGGGUGGGACAACCCUUUUGUCCUGGAAGGAGAGGGGUGCAGGGAUGGGGGUCCAGAGGGGGUCUCCCCUCUCCCUCCUGUUGUGAAUUAACUCCCCUCUCUUUAGCCUUCCCCUCCAGACCACCAGCCCGGGAGGGGAGAGGAAGGGGAUCUCGCCAGGGAAUCACCUCCCCGGCCGUGACAACUUCCCUCCUUCCCACCAAUGUGAGCCAUUCCCCCUCCCCACGCGUGUACAGUAGAAACCAAACCAAAAGGCCCCUCAUGCACCCCGGGGGGCUGGGCGGGAUGGGAGGGAAGAAGGGAUGUCUGUGGAGCCCCCUCCCCUCGACUCCUGACCCACAAAGGCAGAAGACUGUUACAGAGGCUCGCAAAAACCCAAUCCCACCCUGAGCAAUUGAGCCAAACCUAGAAACUGACAAGAAAAUGCGUUAUCGCGAGAGAACGAGGGAGCGAGAUAGGCGACCAACACAGGAGAGAAAACAAAAAUCGCAAAAAAAAAGCAGUUCUUUAUAAUUUAAUAUUCUAUUUUAAUAAAGGCGUUUAUUACCGUAUAAAUGUAGCAAAGAACCUGGGCUAAUAUGAAAAAAAAAGACUUUUUAUUAGGUAAUUUAUUAUAUGAAAAGGAUAUUUUAUUUUAUGAUAAAGUGAUCCUUAAAAAAAUAAAAAAACUUUAGAAGGUUUAGAAUAUAUGUAGGGAAGAGAAGAAGAAAAAAAUACAUUUGUAUUCAGAGUUAAAUCUUAAAAAAAAAAAGUGUUUUUAAUAUAUGUUCGGGUUUACGUUCCUUUUUUCCCCCACGUUUUUUUGGGGAGGAAUGUCAUUUGCUUUUGGGGGGGAACAUCCAGGGAUGGAUGGUGGAGGGGCUAGGGGCUUCUGGUCCCUCGGGCCCCAGAAUAGAUUGGAUUUCACCCCAUGGGCCCCAUCCCCUCCCCCGCCCCCUGGGGGAGCUGGCAUAGCAAACAAAGAAAGGGAUUAAAGAGAAAGGGAGCCGCUGAGGACUGAGCUUCCCGGGUGCCCCCCUUCAUGGCCCUUCCCCUUGGGCUGAUGAGAAGGGGUUGUCCAGGGCCGAGGCCCCAGCGGGUUUACUGACUAGAACCUUCCAAGGUAUGAGAUUGAAGAGAAAUUUUUUUUUUAACCAAAAAAGAGAAGAAAAAGUAAGAAACCGAGGGGUUUAAAAGAAAAGAAUACUACAAAAUAAUAAUUAUUAUUAAUAAUAAUUCAAAUUUAUUUCAUAUAAUCCUAGAGAAGAAAAGAAAGAAUUACUAGUUACUUAGUAGAUGAUAUUCAGAUAGUUUAAAGUUUAGUAGCAUUGUGGGCCCCCGGGUCCAGUAGAAUGUAUAAAAAGUCGUAAGAAAAAGGAAAAUAGAGGCAGGAAGUGGCCAAGUGGCUGGGGUGGGAGCAGCAGCUAGCUAAGGAGAGGGCUGCCAGUUUGCUGGGGUGGACCCCCAGAAGCCCUGAGACCAAGGCCCCCCUCCCCAGGGUGGGUGGCGGUGCUCGCCUGGGCCAUCCCUCUUGUGGGCAGCCUUUACUUCUCGGGGUCCCGGGGAGGCUGGCGUUUCUCCCUGGCCCCUUAAUCUGUGCGCGCCACGCGGGGUUCAGAGUGGGUUCUGCAGAAACCCACCAGCACUUCUCAAGCGCUUUGCGUCCUGAGGGUGGAACAGGGCUGGGGGGUGGAAGUCCCCCUACCCUCUUCCCAACCGGUGUCAGCUCCACCCUCCACGGCCAGGUGGCAGAAACUGCCACCUUUAGCCCCUAACCCCCCCCCCCGCCCUGUGCCCCCUGAGAGCCAAGCUGUGUGCUGGUGGCCCAACACGCCCACUCCUCCAGGCCAGGUAAGACCUGGAGAACAGGACCCCGAGGGGAGGGGGGGCAGCAGGGAGUCUGGAGGCCCUACCCCAGAACUUGCCACCUGGAGUUCAUAGGUCAGCAUAGGCCAUCUGCUGGACCCUGGGCUGGGGGCAUGUGUCCUCCAACCCCCCAAGCUGGUGGGGAGCCGGGCUUGCCCAUGUCAGAAAUCAGCUAUUUUUGAAAGCACUUGCCUCCCACCAGCCCCAGCUUGCAGUGGGGGCUCCAGGGGUCCUUUUGGAAGGGGUGCAGGAGGCCCUUGGUCGGUGCCAUAACACCAAUGACCUCCACCCUGCCCUCUCCCCCAUGGACUCGUCACCCCACCUAGGGACAGGUUCCCCUGCUCUUUUUGUCCUAGAGACCCCGCUAGUUUGGGAAGGUAGUGUCGGGGUGGGGAGGCUCCCCUCUCCCCACUCGAGGGUGCGUGCGGGUGGGGUAGGGUGGGCUUGGGGGAGACGCCCGGGGCAGGGGGGGACGGUCUCUCCGCUGUAGAAAGUAGAGUAGGAUUGUGGUCAGACUUAAUUUGAGGCAUCUAGUGAAGUCACAUACAGAAAUCCACCCGGGAGAAAUAUUUCAAAGGCGGGAAACAAAACAAAUGGACCCACAAAUUGUCAAGUCAAAGUGAUGUUGCACAAAAUGCAGAAAAACCAAGAAGGGGGAGGGUUAAUGUAUGAAAUGUGCUAUUAAGAACUUAAUUUUAUUAAAAGUAUUAUU